GGAGCGAAGGAGAGCGGGUCGUAAGGAGACUCCGGCUAGGGUCUCGGAGGGAGUCAAGGAGGUUCUGAUAUUCUGUGGCGUCUGGUUCGCGAGCGGAGUUCGCUUGUUCUGCCGGGGGCUUCCCGGACAGGGCUGGAUUCUAGGGGUUUUGUUUUUGCUUUUCAAAGGGGAGAGGGUGUAAGGAAAGAAGAAUGGACAGAAUAUUGACCGGAACGUUAAUUGGGGCUUUUCGGAUGGGAAGAGCAGAAUAAUUCUAUAUUCUUCUUCCUUCAUUUGCUCCAUUAGUUAGGCUGACUUCAUUUUUGAAUUCUCAACUUUGAAAUCGGCCAGUGUGUUUGGCAGAAUUUGACCUAAUUCAAGGGUUAGAGUUCUAUCCCACUUAAAUGCAUUUUAAUUAGGGCACGCAAUUCAACGGGUGUUUGCAAUGGAAUUUCUGAAAACCUGUGUGCUUAGAAGAAAUGCAUGUAACGCGGUUUGCUUCUGGAGAAGCCGCGCGGUACAAAAGCUUUCAGUUAGAAAGAUUAGUACUACCUCUCCAAGGAGUACUGUCAUGCCCGCCUGGGUGAUAGAUAAAUACGGGAAGAAUGAAGUGCUUCGAUUUACUCAGAACAUGAUGAUACCGGUCAUACACUAUCCAAAUGAAGUUAUUAUCAAAGUUCACGCUGCAAGUGUGAAUCCUAUAGAUGUUAAUAUGAGAAGUGGUUAUGGGGCUACGGCUUUAAAUAUAAAACGUGAUCCUUUACAUAUUAAAACCAAAGGAGAAGAAUUUCCCCUGACUCUGGGUCGGGAUGUCUCUGGUGUGGUGAUGGAAUGUGGACUUGAUGUGAGGUACUUCAAGCCAGGAGAUGAGGUCUGGGCUGCAGUUCCUCCCUGGAAACAAGGCACCCUGUCAGAGUUUGUUGUAGUCAGUGGGAAUGAGGUCUCUCUCAAGCCCAAAUCACUCACUCAUACUCAAGCUGCCUCUUUGCCGUAUGUGGCUCUCACAGCCUGGUCUGCUAUAAACAAGGUUGGCGGCCUGAAUGACAAGAAUUGCACAGGAAAACGUGUUUUAAUCUUGGGUGCUUCAGGUGGAGUUGGUACUUUUGCUAUACAGGUCAUGAAAGCAUGGGGUGCUCACGUGACAGCAGUUUGCUCUCAGGAUGCCAGUAAACUUGUAAGGAAGCUCGGGGCAGAUGAUGUAGUUGAUUACAAAUCCGGAAGUGUGGAAGAGCAGUUGAAGUCUUUAAAACCGUUUGAUUUCAUUCUUGAUAAUGUCGGUGGAUCCACUGAAACAUGGGCUUUAAAUUUUCUCAAGAAAUGGUCAGGAGCCACAUAUGUGACUCUGGUGACCCCUUUUCUCCUGAACAUGGACCGACUGGGCAUCGCAGACGGCAUGCUGCAGACAGGAGUCACCGUGGGUUCUAAGGCAUUGAAGCAUUUCUGGCAAGGAGUCCAUUAUCGCUGGGCCUUUUUCAUGGCCAGCGGCGUGUAUCUAGACGACAUCGCGAAACUGGUGGAUGAGGGAAAGAUUCAGCCCGUUAUUGAAAAAACGUUUCCUUUUUCUCAAGUUCCAGAAGCCUUCCUGAAGGUGGAAAGAGGACAUGCAAGGGGAAAGACCGUGAUUAAUGUCGUUUAAAUAAACACUCGGGGGGGGGCGGUUGUUGGCUCUCUUCUUUGGCGAUGGCCUCUCGGCCCAGACGUUUUUGUGACCGUCGCUUUCUUUCCAGAUUAGACGAUAAGUCCCAUGAUCCAAGUAUAACACGCCUUUUUGCCAGUAAUUUGUCUUCUGAACUGAGGACAGAUGCAUUUUCUACCCCCCACCCCCGCCCCAUCGUGUGCACAGUGCUGUCUGGUACCUGCCCGGCGUCCCCGCGUUCCUGUUGCCGAGAGGUCCUCCGAGCCGAGCCGAGGGGACGCACAGCGCAGGCUCUGCACGUGCCCGUGCUUGGCCUACCCGGUAAGCUGCACGGGGAAGACUACAGAGCUUUCUUCAAGCUGUUUUUUCACACCGGAUUUUCCCAUCGUUGUAUCAUCUUCUGUUCCAGUGUAGCUCAGACUCCAUUCAGGUGAGAUGCUAGAACUUCUGGCGCGGGGCUGGAUGGCGGCACGAAGAGCUUUGGUAAAGCUCCUUCUGGAAACCAGUGCUCCUAGAGGACUCCAGCUGGGCCCGGUUUCCUCUGCUCUGCUGGGGUCAGACCUGCUCUCAGAGUUCUGAAUCUCCUCUUAGGGUUACAUACAGAAUCUCACGAUUUGGUUGGUGACCCUCAAGAAAAUGAAAGCAGAGGCUAAAGUUUCUAACUUUUUAAAACCCUUACAUUUUGCCGAAGGGCUAGGCCUCUCUCAGCCAUUGAAACAUCCUCCUCCAGUUUCUGACCUUAAAUGCCUGCACUUAGUGGUUUACCGAGAAGCCCAGUGCAGCUUUUGAAUCUGUGACCCUCAUUCGCGGUAAGUGUUUCUUCCUGGUGUUUUCCUCCUCCUCACCGCACCUCAGGCUUUGGAUAAAGACUUGGUUAGUAACUUGCUACUCAGUUUAUUCCUGUCAGACACCCAUUUGGUAAAUGCGUUGGAUGAGGGCUUCUCUCUGGAAUCGCUGAUCUCACCACAGUCAGUAUUUCACGAGAGAGAAAACGUGACUCUCCUUGUCAGGACCUGCCACUGUGGACUUGGUCGGAACAGUCUCGGCUCUUCCCCUGCGAGCUCCCGAGUGGUACCGGGAGGGGGCAAAACUCUAGAGGGUAGAGCUCGCUUAGCCCCAGUUCCUCUCUCGGAACGGGGAGCUUUCACCCCUGCCUCAUUCCAGCACCUGAAACCUGGGUCUUCCUCGUCCAUCAGCAGGUUCUAACCUGUCCCCUCACUCGCUGUGACGCGUUGUGACGCCACGGCAAGGACGCACUCGGAUUCCUCUGUACGGUUAACCAGAAACAAGUUUAUUCAAGAGAGAAAUUCAACGCCGGCGACUGUAGGAUGUCUGAGCCCCCGCACACUGUAGUGAUCCGCACAAAGGCCGAAAGUCCCAGCUGGACAUCUGAGAACAAGACAGACCUGCUGGCAGCGGGUGGACACGUGCAAACGUUACUUUAAAACCGAAGCUAAGCCGCUGGCCACAGCUGCCUCCCAAGACCGCUGGGCAGUGCGGAGAGGAGCAGCGUUAGCCCUGGAAAGACACUGGAACAGCUCGAGAGGAAACGAGAUUCGUCCCUCCCGGGACGAGAGCACCAGCGUUACCGAGGCUAAUGAAGUAAGGACAAGAAGAGGAAGAGUGUAUGCGGAGAAGGUCAAGCAGUUUUGUUCAAAACCAGAAGGCACUGGUUGAAUAGCACCGUGUGGGCCAGUGUAUUAUCCGUGGUUAAACUCUUUCAUUUUUCCCCGAAAUACUGCGUUUUAGGGUUUCCCGAGUUCUACGAUUUGAACCAAGCAGUGCUCCAGGCCUCCCUCCCUUCAUGUGCUGGAGAAUUGCCAGUCAUUCCCCGCUGCCUCCUCCGUCUCUCGUGUCCGCUGCUGGGGUCUGAGGUGAUGGGCCUGAGCUCAGCAAAGGCUCAUAGGACAUCGCGUCAGAACGAACUGUAGAGGAGUGAUAAACUAGAUCCUGGGAACGCUAGCCCCGUGGCAUCUGUGAGAAAAGCGUUAAAUGACACUUGUCUGUGACAUUUCAGGGCAGCCCACGAGUGGGUUAAAAUCAUCCAAAUCCUGCUCACAUUAGCAGACAGGACAUGAAAUCUUAUAAACUUACUAGAGUUCAAUACUAACAAAUGGAUAAGCCUUUCCCCACUUUGCUAUAGAGCGUAAUUUAUGAUUCCAGAAAACAGAGGAACCAAAAUUAGUGGCCUGAUACAUUAUUUCUUCUCAGAUGCUAAAACUCGAGCUUUUAUCCUUCCCUUUAAAGUGUAAGGCAUGGGUAGGCCCACAGAGUCUACUGGAAGUUUGUUCCUCUUCUCUCCUGUCACGACCUUUGGAAAUAAUUUAAAAUGUACAGAGUCUUGAUACAACAUUUUUUAAAACCCCCAAAAGCUGCUAAUGAGGCAACCUGUUAAGCAGCUACUGAAAGGAGAUGAGAGGCAGGAAAUGAAGGAAGGACAAAUGGUUGGUUUAAAACUAUUACAGUCUUUAGCAAAGAUGAGACCCGAGUCCUGGUCACGGCAGGGUCAUUCCGGGGCAGAGCUAGAGCUACCGAAGAAGGAGCAGGUGCCCUUUCCUCUUGGCUCUGUCCGUUUUCAAGCAGCUCGAAGACCUCCAGAAGCUUUCCUCCUGCGUUCUUCAGGGUUAUAGGACCAUGGCUUCCCACACUUGCGUUAACUUCUCUUUGCUGACAGUGUUGAGGAUAAUGUGAUUUUGGUCGUACUGCGUCCCCCCUGAAAGAAAGAAAAGGAAAAUAAGGAAAGGAAAUGUGCCUGUAGGAAACAAAGCGGAGAGGUGACUCAGCUCUGGGUUGGGUUAAAGUCCCAUCCUGUGGGCACCAACAACACACAGGAUGUCCCACCUCCCAGGGCUCCUUUUCCUACUCAAGACUUUAGGUGUCUGAAGUUGGGGGGCGAGGGGCGGGGAGGUGGAAAAAUCUAGAGAAGGGAAAAUGAACAAAGAUUGUGAAAUAUAUGGAUUUGCUAUAGCAGGCCCUGAAAGUAGUGGAAGGGUUGGCAGCUGGGACAGGUUUUGCAUGAACAAUGACAAAUGGCUGUAUUAGGGCAAAGGGGACGUUUGAAAGACGCCCAGUAUGUGGACUGGGCGGCACGCCCACUCCUGGGAACGCACUGGGUAUAUAAAAAUUCAUAGCACUUGAUCCCGAGUUUAACUGUACUUUUAAAAUUAUUAUUUAAAUUCCCUUUCACCAGAAUGUCUUCCAAGGUGCCCACUAGAUAGAUAGACACGUGGGUGUGAAAAAACCUAGCCUCUUCCUUUCGGUGGAGAAGUAUCAUAAAGUGCCAUCAGAUUUUUUUUUUCAGUGCAGACUAAAUACGGUUUCAGCUACCGUAUCCUUUGUUAGCAUAAGGCUCUGCAUCGAGGCUCUAUCACAGGGACUCCCAGAAAUACAAAUCUGCUCCUCUCGCUAUGAGGCAGGGCAACUGGUAUUGAAAUCCUGCUGCAUCCUCAAGCCAAGAAGAAUGAAAUGUUCUUACUCUUUUAAGCAUUCAUAAAAUAUCUGAAAGGUCUGAUAACUUAUGCUCUUCUUACAAGGAAUCAGUUUAUCAUCAUUGGUGAUUUAUUGGUUCUACACAUCUAGGCGUAGCAUAGGACACUGGAGCCAGAUGUGUGUGUCGUGGGAAAAGUUACCACCACCAGCAAAUCCACUGUCCCCACUGAGACACACACAUGACUCCACUGAGAUCUGGGGACGUAUUAGGAUUGCAGUAUCAUUAAUAGGCACAAAAGAAUGUUAAAAUACCAUAAUUUUAAUUAGAAUCACAAAGACUAGGAAGUCCUUGAGAAAUAAUCUGAUUUCAUUCUGCCUCUGGGGAGAAAGAUCAUCCCAAACUUUUAAAGCGAGAAGAAAUCUGCUUCCAUUGCUGUCCUAGGUCUGAAAUAAUAUGUGACAUCUACCCAAACGACUCCCUCCCCAGACACCAGGAGAUACGUUCCAAGAAAGCCUCUUGGGCUGAUCAAUCUUAGGGCAUUGGCAGCAGAUAACAAAGGCUUCAACAGCUGGAGCUGAUGAAAAUCCUAAUCUCCUGGUAAGUGUUACCAGAGAGGUAUUUCCCUUGCACAGAUGGGGGCUGUGCGGCCCUACUCCCUCAUGUCCACAAGAUGGCGCCACUCUCCCACAGUCUGAGAACUUGAAAUUCAGUUUAAUAAGACAAGUGACUAGGGCAGCUACCCUACCUAGAUGUAUUGAGAGUUCACAAACAUAUAGAACCCUAUCCUUAUUCAAGAAGCAGUGGACAUAUUUAGAGUGCAUUUUAGGAACGGACCUUGGGGCUUUAAAGCAAAACCCUAAAGAGGAAGCUUCUAGAUCCCACAGUUCUUGUCAGUCAAGACUCCAAGCUAGGUAUCCUUACUUCUUGUCAAGUGCCAGUGUAGCAAGUGGGAAAAAGUCCUACAUGCUUGGAGUUUCUAUAUCAUAAACUCUCUGAAGCCAAGCUAACAUUUCCCUUCUCCUUGGGUACCAAGUGUCUAGCUAACCGUCUACCACAUAGUGGGUACCCAAGGAGACUAACCUUGACACAGGAAACUGAGCACAUAAACAUGAAUCCAUAUUUUUAAAAAAACUAUGUUUCCAAUGUAGUCCCAUUUCUUUGGUUUUGGAACUCUGUCUUGUAAGACCAAGGAGCUCUAGCUCAGCAAGGUGAUGCACGCAGAUGCAUGGGACUCUUCAACUAUGUUCACUGAGCUUGGAGAUUUUGUGAUUUUUAGUCUAUUAUAAUAAAACAAAUGGUGUGAAAUCAGCCUAGGUCCAGAUUUCAGCUCAGCACUUCAGGGUACAGGUCCAUGAUUGAGCCCUCUGAGCCUCAGUCUUUGGGCUAUAAAAUGGGACCAGGGACGAGGGGGUAACCUGGGGCUCCCAGGGUCCCUGGGAAGAGGCUGUGAGCUAGAGGGCGUGUAGAGGGGUUCUCAGAGGCUGGCCCACGGGAAGAGAGCGCUUACUGCUAAUAGUAUGCACAUUUGCACAAGCAAAAAAUGUAUUUUUAGUUAAGUAUAGACACGACAGAGAAAAUAAAUGAUUCUUACCUUUGACAUCUAAAACUAAAUUCGGUUUCAACUUGCUGUAGAUCCUGCCAUCUGGCUUCAUGCUCCAGAACUGACUGUCGGCAUUCUGGUCGAGGGCAAGGCCCAGUUUCGAGCCAGAGGUCACAAGGCUCCCCACGAUCGUCAGGCAGCAGUCUUCCGCUAUCUGCUUAUGGGACAAACAAGGCAGCUGAGAGACAGAUACACCUUCAGGGAUCAUGAUCAGUUCUGGGCACAAAUUGAUUUUUAAAGUUGUCUUUGCUAUCUGCUUCAUUUGCCCCACAGGAGGCAUUUCAGCUUUAGCUGGAGAACUGGGAUCAAAUAACAAACCCUUACACCUUUGUUUCAGGUGACACGAGUGCUGGAAAAUUCUCCAUUCUUGUCCCUUGUAAGAUUUCUGCCCUUUGGGAGUCAGGGAAACCUCAGAACAUUAGCUCUCCCUUUCAGCAAGGACCAUGAUCAGAGGCAGGGGUCUACUGCUUUAUCUCCCUUGACCUAUAACCAUCUCUGACCCCAUCAGCCUGACCCUUCUGGAAUAUGACUGCAUCUCUAAUUUGAAAGGCUGUUGUAACAGUGAACUAGCUUAAAGGGCAUUUUAUUAUUUUAAAACUUGAAAUCCCACAUACUCUCGUCUUCCCUUCGUAAGAGAUGUCUAAUAGAAAUUUCCAAAAAGGCAUGCUAUCCAGCUAUAAAAAGAGGAAGGAUAAAAUACAAAUGCAGUGGAGUGUGUUUUCAUGCAAAGAUUUUAAGGGUCCUUUUCUGAUGUAAAUCUACUGCGUUCACAUGACGUUAACACACAUCCUCCUACAGAAAGUGCUUAUGAAAAGUAUACAGGUGAUAAAAAGAGUGAUAAUCUAGGACCCUGUUUCUCACUGACCUACCGAAUUCACAGUUAACACCACUAAAAUGUUUAUUAGAAGUAAUUAAAAGUAAGUGCUGAAAGGCUCUGUUUUCUUAAAGUGUUUAAUUAAAGACAGAAGUCGGCUUUUUUUAUGCUUCUGUAGUUCAGCUGCUGCUGCUUUUCGUGCUUGCUUCUCUGCCUGUCUAAACACUACUUCUGUUUGCUGAAAGGAUGAUUCUCCCUCAAGCACAAGAGACCCAAUUAGCAGGUUGUGCUCCCUUCCACAGGCUGUAUGCCUUCUGCUGACUCAUGGGGCACCCAGUUUUAAGAAAAAACCGGGAGCAAACAGUCAAGCUCAUAAAAAUCAAGAAGGAGUUAAAAAGACUAUCAACAACAGAAGCGCGAGCUUCUCUAAUAAAGUCGUAUACCGUAUUCAACUUGACCAGGUCUUACACGGCAGGAGUGAUGCAAGAGGGAGACAAGCCAUUUUCCAUUUUACAAGGUACGACCAUUGGGCUGUGUUGUACACAGGGUUGUAGGUCUUUGCCCUAGUCUGUCUGCGGGUCUUCCAAAAUGAACCAAGAAUGAAUUGCAUUUACAGGGCUGGGGCUUACUGAAAGAAGCCAUGAUAAGUAGAUGAAGGAGAAAGGGGAAAACAAGACAGUUCCUUCUAGUACUACAUUAAAAAAUCAGGUAUGGAUGUAAAUGUUAUAUCCUGGAUCAGUGCUAGAUUUACCCCCCCCCCCCCAUUUUAAGUUCCUCAAUUGGUUUUAUCAGCUAAAAAAUAUUUUCCUGGAAAACCUCUUAAUUUAUUUCCGAAAGUGCUCUAGGAAGUACGAAAUAGCAUCUACUUGAAGAAAGAGGCCAUGGCAAACCCUUUUCUAAUCCUAAAAGCUCACCCUGCAUUUAAUGCACCCUUCUUGAUAAAUCCAAAUCUGAUCGUCGGCACCGACGUCCUCCAUGACCUGUAUUCGCAGAAGCUUCAGAUCCUCCAGGUUUCCAUUGGUGGACAUGAACAGCCCCGUUGCUUUGUUUCGAAGUCGGAAAUAAAUUCGUUUCUG